AUGAUCGGAAAAUUCGAAUUCCUUAAAAACAAUUGGGAAGAAAUGAUUGAGAAAAGUGAAAAAAUUCCGACAAAUGUCAAAGAAACUUUAAAAGAAAAUGGCCAUUCAUUUAUUGGUUAUUGUUUGGCAAAACGCUUCCAAUUUGUUUUUAACGAUGAAGGACAGGCAAAAACAAAGUUUUAUAAAGAUAACAAUUCAUAUCUUUUGAAAUACGCGACAGAGAUUAAUGGAAUAUUGGGUCCAAGAAGAGUAGACUUGGAAUAUUACAAAAAACUUGAAAAUAAAUUUAAAGAAAAUAUUGAAAAAUUAACAGAAAAUCAAAUGGAAGCAGGAAUCUCCACUGAGACAGAAAAGUUGGGUAAAAUGAUAGAUUUAAUUUUGAAUGAUUAUUGGGGGAAUAUAUGUGCUAUUGACAGAGAUAAUGUUCAAUUUGAAAAAGUAGAUGAAUGGAAACUACAAACAGUCAAUACAAUACUCAAUGACAAUUUCAAUCUUGCUGAUCUGAAGUUCGCUGGUAUUGAUCCUGAUGACUUUAAAGACUUGAACAAAGCAAGCAACGAAUGGGCAAACUUUAAAAAUGGAGCUUUGGAACGUUUCAAUUUACAUAAAUUAACAUUUACUGAGGCACAUAUAAUAAUUGCCUCCUUUCAUAAAAAUCUGAGUGAUCGUAUAACUGGAGAAUCAUUUGAUCAUAUAACAAAAGAACAAUUAUUGUCAAUAAUCCAAAAAGAAAUUCAAAAAAAUAUUUAUUGGCAAUUGAAAGAAGAAAUUGAAAAAUUAAAAACAAAUAAAAAUGUUCAACAAGAAUUAAUUGUCAAAAAAGAAUUGUCUCGUGUUGAAACUUCAAUCGAAUUAAAAGAAAAGUUAAAAGCCUGUGGAUUGUCUGUUUAUGUAUUGAAAUUUGUUUUAAAUGAAAAUCAAGGCGAAGAAGGAAAUCGUUUUGGAUCAAUUACUCGAUUCUUGUCAAAAACUCGAUUUUUAUCAAAAAAUAAUAAUAGCAAGAAAGAAUUGUCCAAAAACAUGAAAAAAUAUUUGGAAAAUUUUAAAAAUAAAUGUGGAGAAGAAAUUAAAGAAAAUAAAGAUUUGAAAGAAUUGAAUAAACUUGUUGAGGAUAAUACAAAUUUAAAUGAAGUUAAAAAUAAUUUAAUUAUUGAAAUUAACGAAUUUGAAAAUAAAUUGAAUGAAAAAAUUAAAAAAUUGGAGAAAAGAAAUUUAAAAAGAGAAUUUAAAAAGAAUGAAGAUUUGGAAGGAAAGUUGAAGAAGGAAACGGAAGAAUAUAUUGACAGAUUAAAGGAGAAAUUGGCCUUUUUAGUUGGAAAUUAUGAGAAAUUAACAGACAAAGAUUCGACUUCACAAAGUAAUGGACAAAUAAAUACUUCAAGUUUAUCAGCAAUUAUUUAUUGUUUAGCAAAUAAAUUUUUGGAAAUGUUUAAUGAAGAUGGAGUUGUUAAUAUGGAUAUUUUAUUACAAAAUAUUUCAAAUACAAAUUUGAUAGAAUAUGGAAUGGAAAUUAAUGAAAAAUUGGGAAAGAAAAGAGUUGAUAAAAUGUAA